ACCCUAAAAAAGGCGACUAAAGUCGGAUUAAGCCUCGCUGCUUUCUCUUCCCCAAAAAGAGGAUCCCCAAGGCUCGUUAUCAUAACAAAUCGCCUGUCGUCCGUGCCUUUCUUAGACUGGCGACCGCGUCGAAUCACCCGAGCUUGGUUUAAAUCCCCAUCAGACAGCGUUUGUCUUGUCUUGUCGUGAUCCGUGAACGCUUGUUUUUGGCCGUCGCGUCUGUUCUAGUUUCUUAGUGACUUUCGCGUUUGUACAAAACAACAACACCACCACCACCACCACAACUGCGUUUGUGGCACGGUCAAUUGGGGGGAAGCUCGAGUAGUUUAUUCUACUUUGAAAGGUUUGCCGCUAGUCGUCGCAUAUUCUGAACUGUGCAACUUCAGCAUCUUUGGACCGUUCUCCGCACGUCCCGACUCUCGACUUUCUUGCUCGUCAGCCCGCAUACACGUACAUACUCGGGUGCGCCAGUCAUGGCUCAAGCAACCAAUCCAUCCAUUGCGGCCUCUAGCCCAACUUACCCGCCGCCCUAUUCGCCCUACCAACCCCAGGGCCACGACAUGUCUCAAUACCAGGGACACCCUCCUCCACAGAUGUAUGCGCGCCCAGAGUGGUCGCAUGGAUACCCUCAUCAGCAACAUCCCAUGCAGGGCCCUUAUAGCUCUCCUGCUCCUCCAACGGUAUAUUCCUUCGUCCCUAUUCCCGGUGCUCAGCAACACAAGCGCCCACGUCGUCGUUACGAAGAAAUUGAGCGUAUGUACAAAUGUGGAUGGAAUGGCUGUGAGAAGGCAUACGGUACAUUGAACCAUCUUAAUGCGCACGUUACCAUGCAGUCGCAUGGGAAUAAGCGAACACCCGAAGAGUUCAAAGAAAUCCGCAAGGAAUGGAAAGCUCGCAAGAAGGAGGAGGAAAACCAGCGUAAAGCUGCAGAGGAGCGGGAACGCCAAGCUGCUGCCCAAGCCCAGGCCCAGGCUGGUCAGGUUGAAGGUGGUGCUCCUCCUGAUCCUUCUCAAGGAGGACAACCACCCAGCUACGCUGGCGGUGUCCGACCUCAAUUACCUCCAAUUGGUUAUCAGCCUGCCGAGAACCAAGUACCUGGUCAAUACGCUCCUGGCGGUGCCGGUGGCAUGGUCUACCCUCAGGGUAACGGCCAGAUGUACGGCAACUACCCUCACUCGCCUUAUGCUCAGAACAACCAGGUGUACCAGCAACGUAAGUAGCUGCUCGCCAUUUCAGCCUGACAGUCUUCUCUUGCCUUUCGCCUUGGAUUAUUACCAUACAAGGGCAUCGCAGAUGGAUCCCACGGAUUAUUAUUGCAAUGAAAUCGUCUCGCGUCGUGGUGCUGACGGCUGAAUCUUUCCUUAGCCCCAAACAACCAAUCUCGCGAUUCUUAUCAGUGAAACGGAACAAAAGAAAUAGAAUGACAGCUUUCUUGCUGUUGUAUCACAUAUCAUCUCAAGUCAUCACAUCUGUCAAAUGUGUCUGUCUACCAUGAUUAUAUUCCCCCCCCCCUCUUGUUUCUUACCCUUUGUUUUAUGUGCAUCCUUUCCUCUAUCUCCAUAUGUUUUCAUUUUCUUCUUUUCUUGAUUCUGUUGAAAGAUGUUUUCAUUUAUGAUACCACACCUCUGGCUUUGGUUGAGUCUCCUUAUUCUACGCAGAAGAGGGAAGGAGGAUGAGUCGAAUUUACUCCGUUUCGGGCAGCUCAUUUCUGUCUUUUCUAUUUCUAUCUCUCUCUAUCCCUUUCGACCUAUAUACAUGAGACGGGAACAUCAGAGAAUGGAUACACGGCGAUGAGGGAAAGAAAGAGCAAAGAGGAAAAUAGGGGGAUCGGUUAGUUGCUCGAUUGCAUGCCAAAUGAGUUUUGUUGCAUUUUGCUUCUUUUUUUUUUUAAACUUGUGAAUAUUGGCGUUGCUUUUUGUUUAUGCGUCUAGUUUUCGACUAAACCAUUGGCUUUUCUUAUCCCCCGCCCUCUUCUCUUGCUGAUUAUUUAUGUAUGUGUUAUGUUGCAAUGGUUCAUCAAGCUCCCCAGACCAAUUCAUAUUUUCUUCUCUUCUUCGCUCUCGAGUUUCCUAUCUCUCUUAUCGCCACUUCAUGCAUCGCGUCAAUUCCAUUCAUCAUUACCGACAAUGAAUAGAUUGAACGGUAUUGUGAGUCUGAUAUGCUCGGAAUGAGUAAG